CGGCGCUUUCGGGGAGGGGGGGAGGGCUGCCACCCGCUUUCCCAGCCCCGCCCCUCCCCUCCCCUCCCCUCCCCUCGGCUGGAGGAAGCACAAAAUAACACCCCUCCCUCCCUCGCAGGGCGCGCCGGCUCGGAGCGCGGCAGGCGUGGCCGCUGUGCACAUGAGUAGAUUUCCUGUCCGGGGAGAGGCGAGAGCGCUUUAGCGACUCGCAAAGCUGCCAUUUGCUUGGAUCUGGGGGGGCCCCCGAGGGAAAAACAACCACCACCCCGAGCUGAUGGACUUUCUCCGGCCGGGGAGCCCCUGAACGAGCAUUGCAAACGGGCCCCCCUCCCCAAAUUCUGCAAACUUUGCCAGCAGCUCGUUCUGUACGGCGACCACUCUGUAAAAGAUGCACUAUUACCGGUAUGCUUCUGCGGAAGUCAGCUGUUGGUACAAGUACCUGCUCUUCAGUUACAAUAUAAUCUUUUGGUUAGCAGGAGUUGCCUUUCUUGGAGUCGGUCUCUGGGCCUGGAGUGAAAAGGGUAUCUUAUCCGACAUAUCCAAAAUGACCCGGAUCAACGGCUUUGACCCCGUCAUCCUCGUCUUGAUGGUCGGAGGGGUGAUGUUCAUUCUCGGAUUCGCGGGAUGCAUAGGAGCCUUGCGGGAGAAUAUCUGCCUCUUGAGAUUCUUCUGUGGCACCAUUGUGCUGAUUUUUAUCCUGGAGUUAGUUGUAGCCGUGCUGGCUUUCUUGUUCCAGGAUUGGGUGAGAGAUCAGGUAGAGAUCUUUUUCAAGAACAACAUUGUGUCGUACCGAGAUGACAUCGAUUUGCAGAACCUCAUCGAUUCUUUGCAGAAAAUGAACCACUGCUGUGGUGCCCAGGAUCCGAAUGACUGGAACCUGAACAUCUACUUCAACUGCAGCAGCAGUAGCAAAAGCCGGGAAAGAUGUGGAGUUCCUUUCUCCUGCUGUGUUCCUGACCCCGCGCAAAAAGUUCUGAACACACAGUGUGGCUAUGACAUAAGAACUAUGGCCAGAUCACUGUGGGAAGAACGAAUCUUCACCAGAGGUUGCAUCCCUGCUCUGGAAGCCUGGUUGCCCCGGAACAUCUACAUCGUGGCCGGGGUCUUCAUAGCCAUUGCUUUGUUGCAGAUCUUCGGGAUUUUCUUGGCCAGGACGCUGAUUUCAGACAUCGAAGUGGUCAAGUCAGGCUACCAUUUCUGAAGACACAAGUCGAGAUCUUCUGCAAAGACCAUCCGUGUUUGCUCACAUCGACGGCAGAGAGGGAAGAAACCGGAGAAUUCUGAAAAGAUCUGACGCAUUCAAGCCAUAAGACUUUGUUUUGAAACGUAAUCGCCGGGGGCCAUCCAGCUUAGCUGAAGGCCAGAACGGAGCGAGCACCUCUUCCUCUUCUCAGCCGCCUGCACGAAUAUUUUUAGACAACUCCAGCCUCCUGAAGGACGAUCAUACCUUCCUACCUUCUGUGCUGGGAUGUGAAGACUCGAACAGACAGGAAUUGAAAUUGAAGCUAUUUCUGAUUAAGGACUACUGUCUUGGUUAGCAUUUGCAGUAUUAUUUACAUUCCAAAUGUUGAUUGACGCAGAAGAAGUCCCAGGAUGUUGAAUGACCUCUUCCUAAGGAAGGUGGUUU